UCCAUUCAUGCGAAUUAGUUUGCUCGUCUCUUGCACCUCCUGUUGUAUUCUUCGAUGUUGUGUACUGUUCCGUGCUCUUGCCGAUUGCGAUCUGAAUGGUUGAAGAUGUAGCAGUACGUUUUCACAGACAAGAACAAGUACUUAGGGUUUGGAGCUACAGCCGGGUCGUUAUUUUGAGCCUGCUGGGAUCUAAUUUGGCGUGACAUUGCGGUAGAUCUUGUGAAAUUUGGACUUGAUUUCGAAGGGAGUUAGAGAGUGGUUUGAGGGGAGCUUCGGUUGAAUUGGAUCCAUAUGUGACUCAAGAAGGUCCAAGACGAAGCAGGUCUUGAAGCAAAAGUAAACAGUGGAAAAAAAAAGUGGAAACGGAUAGGACUGUUCCAGGUUGAUCGCAAUGGAUUUCUUCUUCCAGAAAGCGAAGUAUUUCGCACAAGAAACAGCAAAGAAGUCUCAGGAGAUUGCAAUGGAAGCAGCGAAGCUGUCGCAGGAUUUGGCGCAAGAAACGGCCAAGAGAUCACGCGAAUUGUCCCAUGAUUUUGUGGUGGAGGCAUCAAAGACAGCCGAGCAGAUCAAGACGCUGGCGAACGAAAUUUCUCCAGCCAUCGUAGGGCGUGCCAUUCCUAAUGGUGUCCCUACGCCGACUCUUGCCCCGUCGGAGGAGGAGCUUGAAGAAUAUGGCAUUACUCCUGAGCUCCGAGAGUUUGUGAAGGGCCUCACCAUACGAACAUUCCGUGCCUUUCCCCUCGAAGAAUCCAAUUGGAAAAUGACAGCUUCUGAAAGCACUUCACAAGCACGGCAAGAUCUAUCUGAGUGGCAAGAACGGCAUGCUGUACUCGUUCUCUUGACUGUUCCGGAAAUUUCCGAUUUCCGCUACGUUCUGUGUCCUCGGCGAAUGAAGGAGAGCAAAUUUUGGAAGAUUUACUUCAUCUUGGUUCAAAAUCAUAUUGCAUCAUUUGAAGCCAGGGCAACAGAUCGAGCAGCAGCCAAGGCAAGAGCAAAAGCAGAGGAGGAUGCAAUUAAGCAAACUGCUAUAUCUGAAGAGCUGUCUAAGUCUUUGUCAGGUGUUUCUGUCCGGGUGAAUCCGCCAGGCUCUGAGGCUGAAACAGCUGCUGCAGCGAAGUCUCUGAAGUCUGCGGAUGAUGAUGCGGAUCUUGAUGCGUAUCUAAUGGGCGCCCUGGGUAGUGACGACGAGGCAGGGGAGGGUUUAGAUGAUGAUUUUGACAAGGACUUUGACAAACUCGUAAACGGCAAUGCUUUGGACAGUGAUGGAGAUAAAGCUGCUCGUGAAGGCACAGGAGCUAGCAAGCCAAAAGAUAGAAACAGUGCAUCUAGUAGAGAGAGCACGUCAGGUUCAAAUAAACCAUCCGUAAGUGAAGGUUCUUCUGAUGGUGAAUUAGUGGAGAUUCCAGAUAAAGAGUCUGACACUGCGCACAAGAAAAAUAUUAGAGCUUCAGAGUGACGAAACUAAGAGAUAUUGAUAUAUGCCAAAACAUCUGCCAGGUUAGUUUAUAAAAUAUGUCAGAUCUAAGAUUCUUCUAAUGUCCACGAUAUGAAUCUAUUGGUUCAGCCUAGCUUAAAGAUUAUUAGCAUCCGUCCUUGAUACGGCAGAUUUAGGUGAUUAUCUUCGAUCGUCUUCUUGAGUUGAACAAGUUUGUAGCUACUGUUUUUAUGUCAUAAGUACUAGUCCAUACAAGAAGACACUACUAGAGUGUCGUUACUGAGGAUGAACUUACAAGCAACUUGUAAUAUCUUUAUCGUACUUUUGUGAGUACUGUUGCUGCCUUUCAUUGUUUGUUAA